CAAGAUGGCUUCCUAGAGUGACAUUUCAGGUUUUGUCAUAACCACUCUCCAAAAUCUUUGCGUCUAUUGAUCUUUGGUAUAUAAGGUUUAUCAUGCAGACCAGAGCUGUAGUUUAUAAGGAAAGGGAAAGUGGAAGKGAUGGAGAUUUUGAACUGAAGGAAACGUUUGAGUGCCCAGAACAAGAUAGCCACAGYGUAGUGGUGAAGGUCAAAGCAUGUGGGCUGUCAGCAGCUACCAGAUUCAAGUUUGUGAAGGAGUUUGGAUUAUCUCUGGAAAAAGARAAACCUGUUGGUAGAGAAAUAUCAGGGAUUGUCACUAGUGUGGGAUCUUCCGUAACCAGGGUUACUGUGGGGGAUGAAGUUACAGGUCUCGUUCCAGUGAACAGCAGAUCUGCUGGUUGUGCUACAUUCUGCGUCGUUUCAGAAUUUGAUUUGGUUUCCAAGCCUGAAAAGAUAGGUCAUGUAGAUGCUGCAGGAUGCAUAGGAGAUGGCGUUCGAGCUUACACAGCCCUGCAUUACCAGGCAAAACUGUGUGGGGGAGAGACAGUCCUGAUAUUUGAUGGAGCUUCGUCUUCAGGUCUGAUUAUGAUUCAACUGGCACAGUCCUGGGGUGCCAAGGUUAUCACAACAGCCUCAACAGAGGAGGAAAUGCUGCUUUUGGAAAGUCUACAACCACCUCUGACAAAAGUAAUAGACGUCAGAAARGUUGAAUCCUCUUUAGUUGAUAUUUGUAUGGAAGAAACUGGUGGRGUAGGAGUGGACUGCGUAGUUGAUAAUGGAGUCACACUGUAUAGUGAAGAAUUCACAGAACACCUUAUAGAGUCUGAACUGGAUAAAGUUAUUGGUCACCAAGAUGGAUUACCAUCAAAACAUGAUGUCAUAUCGUGCCUUGGUGUGGGUGGAAGAUGGGUUACCUCGCAACCAGACUUACAGCUUGAUCCACCAGAUUCAAAAUUGCUGUUUGCCAAAGGAGCGUCUCUUUGUUUUCUGUUUGAGGAUGUCUGGACACUCUCUAGAGGGCAACAGGGAAGAUAUCUUCACAUACUCAAUGACUUGAUGGACAAAAUGAUUAACUCACUCGUAAGACCAGUGAUACAUCACACAAUAUCAUUAGAUGAUGCAACAAAAACCUUGAAGAAAUUAAAAGAAAAUAAAGUGGGGAAAAUCGUGGUGACAAUAUAGAUAAAUUCCAUGCAAUAAUUUGUAUGWAGUCAUGAGAAUGGACUACUUCAACGAUACACAGCGGCCAUCUUUGUCAGGGGGGGCAUAACAAAACAAAGAUGACGGAAAAUAUAUAUAGUUUCCUGUAUUUGUCUUUCUUUUAUGGGCAAAGGUGAUUGAUGUGUCAUCUUAAUUCAUAUUUUUUUGUAUUCUCUUAAAAAUCUAUUAAGCUUUUGCUGUUGUAUCWAAUUGUGGGACAAUCACAACAGAGCUAGGUGAAAGCCCAAAGAUCAAAUUUUAAUUGGGUAGUAUUUUUGCAGAGGGAGGAAAACCCUAGAACCAGGAGAAAAACCCUUGAAGCACAGGAGAGAACCAACAAACAACUCUACUCACAUACGACACCAAGACUGGCAGUACUCAAACCUGGGUCGCAUUGGUGAGAGGUUACGCGUUAGCAGCACAAUGCCACCCAUGCUACUUUCUUCCUCUUUCGGUGAGCUGCUAAUAUCAAUCAAUGUCAAUACUGUAAGAAAGCUUUAUUUGGCCCCUGGAUGCCCGAUAAUGCCUUGCGAUCCAAGAUGGCUGCCACAUUGUUGAAGUAGUCCAUUCAAUUGUUGUAUCAAUAAAGAAAUCUUUACAACAUAAUAGAUUAUGCACAUUAUUGCUUUGGCCUUAAUAGAGUASCCAAGUGAUGACAUUAAACCGACGACAAUACGUAACACUUUGCUACUCUAUGAGAUUAAAUUGGUCAAAUAAUCAAUACAAAAUUUCAUUUACUAGUAAAGAGUAAUAAAAACAAUUUGAAAUUUG